CCAAACCACUCCUACCAACCCGUGCUCUCCUAACCUCCCACAUCCACGGGAGCGGGAGAGUAAAGCCACACACACACACACACACACACACACACACGAGCGCACACUUGUGAGAAGUGUGUUGCCAUGUGGGGCCUCGUGGCUGCCGGGUCCGUCUUCUUCCCAGGACUCUUCCUCCUGUCCAAACAGGCUCUCAAACAGCUGAUGGGAUGGAGCGAGGGGGACGCCGCUGUCGUGUCAACACGCCUGGUGUCAUCCAUCCAGUCCAUCAUGGCCUCCUCAGCUGGAUGCAUCAUCAUCGCAUCCUGCAGGGACGUCAUCGAGGACCGACAUUGGCUGACUGAUGCCUACAUCUUAUUUGCCACGCCUUACUUUGCCUACGACAUCUACGCCAUGUUUCUGUGUUACCGGCACAAGCUGCAGGUCAAAGGUCACGAGGAGGCGGGCCAAAGCGUUGGGUUGAUGGGAGCCACUGUGAUUGGUUACCUGCGCAGGGAGUUCCUCAUGGUGCUGCACCACAUCUUCAUGGUGACCUUCUGCUUCCCCGCCUCUCUGCUGUGGAGGCAGGGUAAAGGUGAUUACUUCCAGGGCGUCUUGUUUCUGGCUGAGCUCAGCACCCCGUCCGUCUCUCUGGGGAAAGUCCUGAUCCAGUAUAAGAAGCAGCACACGCUGCUGCACAAAGUGAACGGCGUCGUCAUGCUGCUCACCUUCUUCGGUUGUCGGGUCUUACUCUUUCCCUACCUGUACUACGCCUACGGCAGGUAUGCAUCAAUGCCGAUGUACCAGGUGCCCCUGGUGGCCCCAUGGCAGUGUAACCUGGGGACUGCCCUGCUCUGGCCUCUUCAGCUUUACUGGUUCACGCUGAUCUGCAGAGGAGCUCUGCGCCUGUUCACCAAACGCUCAAAUUCACUACCUGCAAUUCUUAAAGCCGACGGCAACGGGGCCCCUAGCUAACGGCUGCACAACCAAUCAGACAGCUGGUGGAGGAAGAGGAGAGUAAUUUAAUCCGAUCGAGUGACGUCUGCCUUCAGAGCCAAUCAGAUUACCAGGGGGGCGGUGACUGUUACAAACAGAUGAGUUUCUUCUCAUUUAUGGUAAAAGUUAAAAGGAGUGAAUGUAGUGACAGAAAAGCUUACAAGCGCAGAUCCAUUAUUAAAUGGAAAAGGGAGGAAAUGAACAUUAGAAGUGUCAACAAGUUUAAUCAAAAGGGAGACGACGGCUGUUUGUAGUAAAACCACACAAGAAGAAUCAGGAUUUACCGAUCACACUGACGUUUGACGAGAUCAUACGAGGAGCAAACCUGUACCCCAACCUGUAAGGACAAAACAAGAUAAAACUAUAUAUAAAAAGGUAGAAAUGGUUUGUGUGAAGAUGAUAAUAAUUGGUUUAAAGGGAACAGAGAAAUCAUCCUCUAACAUUAACUUUAUUUUAAGGAGUCCCACAAGGAUCAACAUUAGGCCCACUGUUAUUCACUCUGCACAAACUGCAGUUAGUCUCCAACGUUCUGCAAUAGUCACAAUUUUGUUCUGUAACAUUUCUCUUCUAUUUGGUUGUUCUCAUUUUAAAUCUCUAAUAACCAGUUAUCUACAGUUCAAGAGCUUUUAUAUUGUCCACACGUGUAACAAAAAAAACUAGAUGCUAUUGAGAAGCAAAUUUUCUUAAACAUUGAAAACAGUUAUGAUUGUGUGAUUAUAUCAUCUCUGAUAAAGGUGUCCCACAGGGAUCAACAUUAGGCCCACUGUUAUUCACUCUCCACAUGAACUCAGUUUAUUCUCCAACUGUAUUGAUCAUGUCAGGAUCCAAUCUGCUUCACCAAAUUUUCUAAGCACUGAUUAAGAAUAUAUUAAGGAAUCAAAGUAUUACAUAUUUAUUAAACAGGUUAUUGAACAUUAUUUUGGGGGACUAUUAAAUAGCAUAUUUGUAGGUACAGAGGAGUAGACAUUCAGCCUGUGGUCACACUGUGAGCUACACUGGCCCUCUAUAUAUUUGUCAGCGUUAAGUCAAGUUCAUUAAAGUUUGUAGUGGUUCUAUAAUAGGUCCCUUAGUUUUUCCACUGUUUCCAACAGUAAAUAUUGUCCAGCUUCAUUCUGCAAAGUCAGUUUUGAAGCUGAUGAUAGCUCUUCCUUAGUGCCGAGGCCUUUUAAUAAACAACAAAAACCACAGGCCUGUAUGUAAAGAGGUUUGUUUUCUGAUCCACACUCAUGUUUCACGUUGGCUCGUUUGAAUCUUGUGUCUGAUUUUUUUGCAGCAUAUAAUUUGUUCUCAUGUCUUUCUACAAAAUACAUGUUGAUCAAAGAUCUUCCUGAAUUAAUAAAUUUGACUUAAAACUGAAUAUUUUACAUGAAUUUUCUGCACUGAUCAUCUCUUUAUGAAGCAUCAAGAAUGACUUUUACCCAUGUUUUAUUAUUAUUUAGUUUCCAGGUAUUUCUCAGGGGUAACAGUUAACUUUUUUGUUUUUUGGUCCCGGACCUUAAGGCCACUCCACCACCCCACCCCCAGCUUACUGGGGAUGACAACUGCUUUUUAAAAUGUAUUUAUUUAUUUAUUGUUUAUAGACUAAUCUCAUUAGGACCAUCUGAAUGUCCAUGCCUUAAUCAGACUCAUUUAUUUAAAAAAGUUCAUUUCUGUAAAUAAACUUUUGCAAAGGUCACAGGUUGAAGUUACCUGUACAGGUGUCAGUUUUGUGCAAGGAUUACUGUUUUCUUCAGACUUAAGGAAGUUUGGGAAUUAUAGUUUUCUUUUUCAAUUUUAAUUUUAAUGUCAUUAAACAAGAUGAAAUAUUCACUAUAGCAUUAUACAUGCUAAUCAUAAUAGCAAAGCACAUCUCAGCUUUGUUUUAAUCACCAAACUUAGAACUAAAUAAAUAAUAUAAUAAUAAUAUAUAAAAUGAAAUUGGAAUUACUCGUCUUUAUUUCUGAGUCAGUUUUGUUCCAAAAUUCUUUUAAUACAUCCUGAUAAAAGUCUCGUUGUAGGUUAUGUCAUCAUCACCAGUUUGCGUCACUCUGUGGUUAUUCUGGUCUUUUUCUGGCAGGUCUGGACUUCUUUGUCGUCCUUUGGACAGUUCACAUCUUCUCAGUUUGUCUCUUGUCAUCUUGAGUCUUAGUUGUUUGCUUUUCACUAGGAUCUGUUUGUGCCUUUUCAGUUGUUUUGUCUUUCUUUGCAGCUAUUUGCUGUUAUUUUUUCAUCUUUUUAUGAUCAUUUUUGCAGCUUUAUCUCGUCUCUGAUGUAAGUUUGUAUCCAUUUCUUGUCGUUUGUGUCUUUUAUUUUUUUCAGGCCUUCAGCCUGUUUUUUCCCCACUCGUUCAUUUGGAGCUUUGUUUUAGUUGUUUGGUUUGUCACUUUAAUUGUUUCACAUCCUCUGAAGUUUUCUUUGUGGCAGAUUUUUCUCCUUGUGAUCUUUUUGAUUCUCUCGUCAUCUUUUCCUGCUUUUGUAUUUUUUCAUUGGUUCUUAGUGUUGUUACUUUAGGUUGGGGGCAUUCGCUUUCUGCUGCUUCUCUCAAAUCUUGGCAGAUGAAGUAAAAAUAUGUUCUUGCACAAACUAACUGUACCUCGUUUUCUUUUUAACUUAAGAGCAGCAGUCCUGUUCAUGGUGCCCCGUUUACUUGACGUGGACACAAACCUGUGUGUAAAGGCUUUACUGGAUUCAGCCUUGGUGAGCGCUCACACACAGUAAUCAUUGUAACGCAGUCUCCUUUGUGUUACAAAUGUAAACAUUUCACCAACUUUAAAACAUGCACAACUGAAAGUUUAGUAUUUGUUCUAUAACAGCGUCUGCAUCUCUGAGCAGCACAGAUAUAAACACCAUCAUCUACAUAUGA